GUUGUUUAGUUCUGCUGAAGAUGUAUUCUCCCACUGCAAAACAGAGCAUCAGUUUAAUGUUUGUGACAUGAUGAGGAAACAUGGACUUGAUUUUUAUGGAUAUGUUAAACUAAUAAACUUUGUUAGAUUAAAGAAACCAACAGGAGCAUAUUUGAGUUCUCUCAGCAGCCCACUACCUUGGGAAGGAGAGGAAUAUUUGAAACCAGAGCUAGAAGAUGAUCUCCUACUUCAGUUUGAUAUAGAAGAUCUUUGUGAACCUGCAAAUGUUUUGCCUUCUAGUGGUUUAAGUGAUAGCAUGAUGCUGCUUGAACAAUUAAAACAUGCAGAACACAGAGCAAGUCUUGCAGAAGCAGCCUUGGCUAGAGCACAGGAUGAUCUUCAAAAAAUGAAGCAAUUUGCACGGGACUUUGUGAUGAAUGCAGAUGUCGGGAGCAACUCGUCAUCCAGCGCCAUUGCAGACCUUCAGGAGGAUGAGGAUGGUGUUUACUUCAGCUCCUAUGGGCAUUAUGGGAUACACGAAGAGAUGCUAAAGGAUAAAGUGCGUACAGAAAGCUAUCGUGACUUCAUCUAUCAAAACCCACAUAUCUUCAAGGACAAG